GUCGAUUCACUUCCCUCCAUCAAUGUUGCAAGGAUUGACUGCUCUCUGAUACAUUGUGGAGAACAUUGUAGAGAAGUUGUUGAAACAUGGAUCAGAUCAUCGAUAUAGACGAUGUCGAGACUGGUAUGCGCUCUUCCAAGAAUUCGGGGAUACUCUUUGGUUGUAUCAGCUCGAACUCGAUAUGCUACGUCGUGAUUACGAUCGCGACUCUGGCCUUCCUCGGCACCAUUGUCUUCAUCUGUAGGGACUACAUAAAACUACUGCUCUAUUGGAUCGAGCAUCAGAACGCCUGGAUCAUCGCUGUGAUCUUCAUAGGUCUGUUCACGGUGGUGUCGUUCCCGAUUGUGAUCGGCUAUCUGUUCCUCAUUGUCGCCAGUGGCUACCUGUUUGGCGUGAUACGCGGCAUGGCGAUCGUCAUACUCUCUGCUAAUCUUGGCAUAGCAAUUGCCCAUGUGACUCUGGGCCUGCUGUCCACCAGGCUACCAAUCGGUGCUCUCCUACAGAGUGAUACGGCGAGAGCGAUACUUCGCGUAAUAUCUGGAUCUCAGGCUUUCAAGAUCGUUCUGUUUGCGCGGCUUACUCCGAUCCCGUUCGGUCUUCAGAAUACUAUUUUUGCAGUCAGUAACAUAGGUGGUUUUCAUUACCACGUAGCCAGCGCGAUAGGUUUACUGCCCGCCCAACUGGUCAACGUUUAUCUGGGCAGUAGUCUCAGAUCGAUGCAGGACGUAUUGGAGGAUAGAUCCACGGCAGCGACUGGCUACGUAGUAUUUUGCUUCCAGAUAUUAGUAGGAGUCUCAUUGAUGGUUUAUAUUGUACAGAAAGCGCGAAAGGAGCUUCAGUUGACAUUGUUCGAGGCCGAUCUCGCGUCCAUGGCGAAUUCCCCUCAUUACAUUCUGGACGGUCUACCAGAUUCCAAGAUAAUUUUAACGAAUCUAAUUGCGUAAUUUUUUUUUUUUUUAAUGAACGCUACAUGCAUUUUUGACAAUUCGUACUUUUAUUACGAGCAACAGUUCUGACUUGUUUCUAGUUAUUAUAAUAUAUUUUUAACGUUAUUAUUCUGUGUAUCUUCCAGAAGUGAAUUGAUUAAGACUUGUUGAUGCUGCUUUCAGAAAUUUAGAGUCUUGAAUGUGACGUUAUGCAGGAAUCUGUUAUCAGAGAUAACACGUAUUAAGUCUUACCAAAGCUAACGUGAUUCUAGUACCAAACAAAGCUCAUAGAGCAUGCGCAGCAUGCGUAUAUAUUUUGUCUAAAAACAAAUGGAUGGAACGAGGAGAUGACACGGAACUGCAAAUCCAAUGUAUAAAACUUCCUUGCAAUAAGAGCAUACUAAUUUAUAUAUUGCUCAUAUAUAUACAUAUAUAUAUAUGUACAUCUAAGAUUAAUGAUAGAGACUGAAACUUUACAUUUAUAUACUUUGUGCAAUGUUAUUGAUCAAUUAUUGAGGUAUCUUAUUUAUUGAGGAAACAUUGUUAUCGCUAUUUGUGCCAUUCUAACUUCACCGUUCCCCAGACAACAAAGUCUCGGCAAAAUCAUGCAAAUCUAGGAUUGUUUAUAAUGCUAAACAUUUAUUGUAUAUUUGUCUUAAAAUUUCGAAUAUAUAUACUUCCCCCCCCCCCGAAAUUGUAGUAAUAUAAGCAAUAAUUGCAUAUUGCCAGUAAUUAACAGCAAAUAGCAGCAUUAAAGUUACCUUUUAUUGUCGACAAUAUGAUAGCGUUAUGUGAGUUUAUAGAUUAUAAUAAAUAAUUCAGCAACAGCACAAAUUUUGAUGAUAAAGACUUUAAAG